AAAAACAUUUUGAUAAUUGUAAAAAUCAAAACAAUAAUAAUGAAUUGUUUGUUGUGUUUGAAAAUAAUUGAAAAUGUUAACAAUCGUAUCACUAUUAAUUCCACCCAAUGGCAAGAACUAAAUAUACAAUUUAUUGUUGAAAAAUAUCUGUGGAAAAUGGAACAUUUAAAUGCCUGCUCGCAUAUAUGCCAAGGAUGUUGGCAGGAAUUAUACAAUUUCCAUAACUUUUACACAGAUAUAGAAAAGGCGCAUACGAAUUUGAAUACGUUAAUAAAAACUGAAGUAAUUUCGGACGAUGUUUCCAGCGAAAAAGGACAACUGGAGGAAAAAAUAGAAAAUUCUCAACUCGAACCUGAAAUUUUAUUGCUAAAGGAAGAAAAUCCUUUAGAAAUCUUUGAAAAAGAGGAAGUGGAGGAAUUCAGUAAUUCCAAAAAAAGGUUAAAACGUAAGUGUUCUACGAAAAGAGGUUCAAGUGAUGUGCAAAAUAAUGAAAAAAGUAAUUCAAAAAAAAAAUCGAAAAAAGAAAAGAGUAAAAAAGGUGAUACAAAUAAAGCUGAAAAUCAACAACAUCAGGAGAAAAAUAAAACUAAAUUGAAGGAAGUUGAAAAUGAUUCUAAAGAAAGUAAUUUCGUUGAAGAUUUUAACGAUCUGGAUGACACUAGGUAUGAUAGUGAUGACGAGCCAACAAAUACUGCUGAUACGUUUAAAUUACAUGCUCAAAGGCAAGAACAUGAUAAAUUUAUUGCAGAAAAUUUAGAAAUAACUUGUUGUAUUUGUCAACUUCCGUUGGAAACAUUUUCCAUAACGGUUAAGCAUUACAAAGAGGAACACAAUCAACGUGGAUAUGCCGUAUGUUGUAAUCGAAAGCUUUAUGACCGUUCGGAAAUAUUUGACCAUUUUAAGUUGCACGAAAAUCCGGAAUAUUUCAAAUGUAAAUACUGUGAUAAAGUAUUGUCUAGCCGUGUAUGCCUAAAGCUGCACAUCAAAAAUAUUCAUGAACACAAAAGCAUUGAGUGUGAUAUCUGCGGUAAAAGUUUGUCAACUGAAUCAAGUCUGAAAAUGCAUAAGUUGAUGCAUGAUGCUGAAAAUAAUGAAAAAAUACCAUGCAAACAAUGUGAUAAGUCGUACCUUUCUAAAUAUUCUUUAGCCAAUCACAUACGCGCAGUUCACUUAAAAAGUUACCACAAAAUCUGUGAUCUAUGUGGGGCAUCCAUAUCAGGCAAAUCUAGAUUUAAACGUCACAUGUUGGAACAUGAAGGUAAACCAGCACCAAUGGUAACUUGUGAGGUUUGUGGUCGUCGUUUGGCAGAUAUGAAAUGUUUAAAGCGACACAUGAAUUCACAUCAUCCGCCGGAAGGUGUUAAAAAUGAAUUCAAUUGCCCCAUAUGCAUGAAAAUUUUUGCUAGUCCCUCCAAUGUUAAGAUGCACAUAAAAGUUGUGCACGAAAACAGUUACGAACGGAAGUGUAAUUUAUGUGAGAAAACUUUUAAAAGACCAGAUGCCUUAAAGGAUCACAUGGCUAAGCAUAUUGGAAAACCGUUACAUUCUUGUGGUUGGUGUCCUAAAACGUUUUAUUCAAAUGGCCAGAUGCAUGCUCAUCGCAAAAGAGUCCAUCCAAUUGAGUGGCAAGAAUCUGUGCGAGAAAAAUUUUCCGGAAAUUUACCAGAAAAAUAUGUUUCAAAACCAUUAGAAAAUCAAUCAUCCAAAUAAAUAUAAAUAUACCAUA